AAAUUAUUAUGUUUGUUUUAUGAAUAGAAAAGUUUAACACAAGCAUUAGCAAAAUCAACUUUUUAAAGCUAUUUUGAACUACAUUGCCCACAAUGCACCCAUCGUCAUUUGCUCUCGCGGGCUUUGUUUUGAUAUGGCGGCAGGCUUCGAAACUUUUGUCUGUUAUGUUUUUAUAACGUUCCUUUUUACACCAUUAAGGCAGCUUAUCUCCUGUAUAACAGCAAACCCUUCCUGAAACACCUCGGUCAACAUGCCAUCUCCAGCUGGGCCUGACUGCUCCCAAAGGGAUAUCUUGGCCCGAUGGAUGCCAAGUAGCACUAGAGCCGGAGUGAUCCUCAAUCCCUCAUCGGAAUUGGCCGGAUCUUUGCGGCACAUCUCUGCCAUCGGAACCACGCCACUGCUGCCAAACGACUCCUUUUCCUCUGAAUUUGCUCCUCUGCCAGCCUCCGCAGACAGCAGCUGCAUCGGUGUAGAAAGAUAUGCACGAUCACCUGGAGGAGAGAAUGCUCGGACAGACAAGCCGGUGAACAGUUUGUUCCCGGUACUAGCAAGAAUGUCAGAUAAACCGUACGACAGCUUGGAUGAAAUGGCUAGCAAAUCUCAGGAUCUACCCCUUAUGAUGAAGCUUGAACAGUUGAGGAAAUGGCAGCAACACAUGCAGGAGCAGCUAAAAGCUCAUCAGUUAGAGGAGCUGCUUAGCCUCCAGGAGGAGCAGCAGAGGCUGCUGGGAGUUGUAAAUGGAUCCAAGGUCUCCACAAGAGUGACUUCAGGGAUUUCAGAAGCAGAAUGGGAUGAAGAUUCACUCCACCGCAGGCCUGAUGCAAACUGUUGGGAAGUCCCACGUGAAACCUGUGACCUCAGACAGGAGCAGCUAUCUAAAGGUCAAGGUCCCGAAGAUCCCGAUGGGCCUUAUGACCAAGAAGAAGGUAUGUGGAACUCCAGAGAAGAUGAUCAAGACCAGAGUGUUGAUACCAGCUAUCUUCCUGAGGAGGAUGAUGCGUUAAUCCAACCGACAGGUGUAGCUAGGGCUGAAGGCAAUGGCAGAAAUGAGGAUGAAAGCUGCCAUGAAAGACCUAUAAGGCCAGGAAUUGGGGGUCAGAAGCAAACAUUCGAAGAGCUUCUGGAGGAGCAGCUGAGGCUUGAAGAGCAGAGGCUGAAGUCUGUCCAGCAACAACAGAGCCAAGAUGGAGCCAAAGCCCACCCUAAGAGGACCUUUCUGAAGCGAGGCGAGGGCCUUUCUAGAUUUACCAACAAAUGCAAAGAUCCAAUAAAAAAAGUGGAUGGAACAAACAAACCUCAACCCAAAGCUAUAUCAGUCUCCCGCAGCACCUCGGCACCUGCUUUGAUCCAGAAAGGCAGUUCAAACUGUGUCCCAAGGUUUCCAGUCCAACGUAAAACUGCUGUACUUAACAAGGAAAACAGAGCAAAGGGACUUUGUUCUCCUCCUCAGGAUGUUAGAGGACAGAGUAAGGCAGCGCACACCAAGGUUUUAGCUAGUCAUCAAAGGCAGAACACAGAAGGACCAGGACUGAUUCAAACAAAAUCUCAGGACGGACAAACCAAACUAUACAAACCCGGGCAAGGAAACGAGCAUACUGGCAGAAAAGCGGGUCUGACAGUUCAGGUCUUGAGGAACUGUGGUCCAAGCACACAGCCAAACCCUGUAACCAAGCAGGUGGGUGUGGAUUCUGCCAAAGAGAAGAGUUCUGGUUCAAGAGCAGAAUUAACUGAAGUAAGAACUGGUGCAGCGGAGGGAAGGGGACUUUCACGGGAGUCCUUUGAGUUGUCGUUUCAGGAGAAGCUCCAGCGCUGGGAGUGCAACCGGCAGCUGGAAAACAUGGAGCUGGGAGAGUUUGAGCUGCUGGAGCAAGCAGCGGAGGAACUGUCCUUCUCAUCGAACUCCUCAUUUGUCAUGAAGGUUCUUAAAAUGGACCAACAGAAACGGCAGCAGCAGGUUGUCAAUGGACGACAUCAGAGGCGACUCUCUUCCACCCCCAUUAAGUCACCUACAAGAGGCGAACCUGAGAAAUGCCCCAGUGCUCAUCACAGCGAUGUUUUAGCAGGUAGAAGCAGCUCUGUGGACUCAGGAGCCCCUGCAGUGGAGAUAAAAGGUGAAACACUCAUGAAUAAAGUUAAUCCAGAGGUUGAAGAUGGACAGUGCAGUGGGGGAGAAGACAAAUACGAUCUCUCUGACUUAUCAUCCAAUGGUGGCUCUGAAUUUGGAGAUCAGGAAGUUGUGGUCAGAGGGACCAUGUGCUUCCCUGCACCGUCUAACCCUCCAUAUGACAAGCGACCUUAUCAAGACGAAGACAGUUUCAGGGAUUCAGCAUCGGAUGUGGCACAAGGGGGCGAUGAGGAGAGCGAUGGUGUCCUCAGCAAUGCAGACGAUUCCACUCUGAUAGAGGAUGGAGCAAGCCAACAUGGGAAGGUUGUGUUUGAUGAUGACGACACAUGGAAUGACAUGGAGGAUACCACUGCUGGUAAAGCCAGUGAGAGUAGAGAAGUUAGUCUGGUUUCCAAGACAACAGCCAGUAGAACUUCUCCACUAUUGAGGAAGGUGGCUGUAAGCAAAGUUGUGCAGCCGGAUAAGAGUCCAGAGCCCGAUCCUCCACCUGCCUCUCAACUCAUGACGAGGUUGUUUCCCUCUCUGAAGCCAAAAGCUUCCACUGCACCUCUGCCUUCUCCGCCUGUAGCCUCCGAGUCCAGACAGCCAAAAGAUGAGACAGUCCAGCAGGCCCAGUCUAGACAGCUUCGAGAGAGACUGGUUGAGCUGGAGAUAGAGAUUGAAAGAUUUAAGAAGGAAAACGCUACGCUCACCAAACUCAGACAAGAAAAUGAGAAAAAACAGGAAGAUCUCAGGAAAGAGCUUUUGGAGUUUGAACAGACAAAAUCAGAGGAAAUGACCAAGUUUGAGGAAUACAAGAGAGAGGAAAACAGGAAGCUGCAGAAGGAACGCAAACUGUUUGAGAAGCAUGCAUCAGCUGCUAGAGCCAUACCUGACAAGAAGGAACGAGAAGAAAUCCAGCUACUGAAACAGCAGCUGAGCGCCCUGCAGGAGGAGGUGAAGAGGAAGGACAGCCGCUGGGCCUCCACGCACAGUCGGCUGCGACAACAGAUCGACUCCCUCAGCCAGGAGAACAGCUCUCUCCGGGAUGAGAUCCAAAUGCUGGAAAAGUUGCGCAUCAGUGCCUUAAAGAAAACCUGCAUCACUGCAGAGAAGGAAACAGAAACAAGAGACAGUCUCAGAAUAUCAGAGAAUAAUGUGCCAUCUGUGACCAAAGGAGUUACAUUUGCUAGUCCUCUUGACUCCAGAGGAAGUGUCGGCAGCCCUCCUGCAGCCAGAAGGAACUCCAAAGAUGGUGCAGCAGGUAUGAAAAGCAACCUGAGGAGGUCAGCAAGGUCGGGAUCUUUUCCCUCAUUCUCCUCUUCCUCACCCUUACCUGGCAGGAAAGCAGAGGAGAAGCUGGCACCUGCCAGCAAGAGUCAGGAUUACCCUCCAAACCAAGACGACUUACAGGAAUGCUCUCUGAAAAUAGAUCUGCCACCUAAACAAGCAGAGAGCAGAGAAGCUGAGGAGCCAGAAUCAGCCCUGGAGGUGAUCACACACCCAGAUGGCAAGAUAGAGAAGGUUCUGGCCAGUGGCGACCGUCUUCUCGUCUAUCCCAAUGGAACCAGGAAGGAGGUUUCAGCAGACGGGCUGUCAGUAAAGGUCACCUUCUUCAAUGGAGACACUAAACAAAUCACAGCUGACCAGAGAGUGACCUACCACUACGCUGAGGCUCAAACCACACACAUCUCAUAUCCCGACGGCAUGGAAGUGCUGCAUUUCCCCAACAACCAGACAGAAAAACAUUUUCCAGACGGCCGUAAAGAAAUCGUCUUUCCAGACCAGACGGUGAAGAACCUGUUCCCAGACGGCAAGGAGGAGAGUGUGCUGACAGACGGUACCAUCAUACAGGUCAACCCGGAUGGCACCAAAGAGAUCCAUUUUAACACAGGCCAGAAGGAGAUUCACACAGCAGACUACAAAAGACGAGAGUAUCCAGACGGGACAGUGAAGACCGUUUACACUGACGGCAGGCAAGAAACGCGCUACCCAACUGGACGGCUCAGGAUCAAAGACAAAGAGGGGAAUGUCGUCCUGGACAACUGGACAUAGGUUGAAACAAAUCAUAAAACUUUUUACACCCUAAUCAUCCCCAUCCAACUAACCCAAAGAUCAGAAAUAGGUCUCUGGUUGGCUAAAUGGGACUUGGGACUGGUGCUUUUCUGUUUCAACUCACUGAUUCAAAAGAUGAGACGACAAAAUGAAGUGCCAGAGAUUCAAGUAGCACUGCUUCCCUGUGAUGUUUUUAAAGUUGUUUAAAUAUUUAUUUUCUUAGCUGUAUGUUAAGUUUGU